AUGUCACAACAGGUGGUUCUCGUGCUGUCUGGGCUGAACAUCUUCUGUGGCAGCGCCACCCUGGCUGUGAACACGACGCAGAUCUUCCUGUGGAGCGGCAGCUCCAUAGACUCGGACGUGUCGACCAUCAUCGUCAACUGCAUCCAGACGGUGUCGUCGCUGGCGGCGUCUCUGCUGGUGGACCGGCUGGGACGGCGGCCGCUGCUGCUCGUCUCCUUCCUCGUGUCGUCCGUCUCCCUGGUCGCCGAGGGCGCCUACUUCUACCUCCGGGAGCACGCCUCCAGUGACGUCACCGACACCCUGGGCUGGCUGCCGCUCACCGCCCUCAUUUGCUUCUACGUGACUUACAACGUGGGGGCGAACGCGCUGGUGUGGACUGUGGUGAGCGAGGUGGUGCCUGCCUCGAUCCGAGGACUCGCCAACUCAGUGGUAGCCGUCUGGACGUCGCUGCUCACCUUCGCCUGCAUCAAGCUCUUCCAGGUCGUCUCCUCGGCGCUCGGCACCUACAUCCCUUUCUGGUUCUUCGGCGCGUGCGCCUUUGCGGACUUCGUGUUCACGUUCUUUUUCAUUCCCGAGACAAAGGGCCGUACGCUGGAAGACAUCGGUGCCGAAAUGAGGGACAAGUUAGUAGGUACUGAAUCGAAAGACUGCGAGAAAUCGGUCCCUCGAUAACUCUAACACAGGACGACUCUGAAAAGUCCUCGUACAUCUCUGUGAUCUGAUUAAUUUGAAAGCUCGAACACUGUUAUGCAUCGAAAAAAUACAUGCAUAAAAGAU